UGUCUCUCUCUCUCUGUGUCCCUCUCUCUGUGUCUCUCUCUCUCUCUCUCUUUCCUUCCAUCUCUCAGGUGACUGGUGAAGGUGUGACAUCCUCGCCCAGUGCUAUUCAUCGAGGAGCUGAGAUCUAAUUGAUCUGUUUGGUUGCGGCCGACGGGCUGGCUCCUCCCCCUCCCGGCAGCAGCGUGCGCCCCCCAGCCCGCGCCCUGCGCCCCCCAGCCCUCGCCCCUGCCACCCCCACCAGGUCCUCUAACGCCAUGUGCCUCUCCCACACCAUGGAAGGAGCAUCAGGGAAGAACGGAGCGAGCCAGGCAGGGCGGUGUGGAGGGGUGCCUCUAGAACCCUUCGUACACCAGGUGGGAGGACACACCAGUAUGAUGCGCUACGACGACCACACGGUGUGUAAACCACUCAUCACCCGGGAGCAGCGCUUCUACGAGUCCCUGCCGCCUGAGAUGAAGGAGUUCACAGCAGAGUACAAAGGGAUGGUGUUGGUAUGUUUCGAGGGGGACAUAGACGGCUACAUCAACCUGAUGGCGUACCCGUACGUGGAGAGCGAGGGCCUGGACCACGAGGACCUACCGGAGAGGGACCAACCCCGGAGGAAACACUCCCGACGGAGCCUCCUCCGCUCCACCUCCGAGAUCAAGGAGGAGAGGCUACCACACGAGAGUGACAGCACUGAGAAUCUCCAGGAGCUGAAGAGUCCUCGUCUAGAGCUCCAGAUCUACAGUGAUAUUCCCUUCCAGAUGCUGGAUAACAACAGCGACCUGGGCUCAGAGAAGAUCAGCCACAACCCCUGGAGCCUCCGCUGUCACAGGCAACAGCUCAGCCGCAUGAGAUCAGAGUCCAAGGACAGGAAGCUCUACAAGUUCCUGCUCCUGGAGAACGUGGUCCAUCACUUCAGCUACCCGUGCAUCCUGGACCUGAAGAUGGGCACGCGGCAGCACGGGGAUGAUGCCUCGGAGGAGAAGGCAGCCAGGCAGAUGAAGAAGUGUGAACAGAGCACCUCCGCCACGCUGGGGGUGCGAGUCUGUGGAAUGCAGGUGUACCAGAUGGAUACGGGCCACUAUCUGUGCAGGAACAAGUACUACGGCCGCAGCCUGUCCAUCGAGGGAUUCCGCCACGCUCUCCACCAAUACCUGCACAACGGGGCGUCGCUCAGGAAGGACCUGUUUGAACCCAUGCUGUGUAAACUACGCAGCCUGAAGGCCGUUCUGGAGAAACAGACCACCUACCGCUUCUAUUCCUCCUCCCUGCUCAUCAUCUAUGAGGGGAAGGAGCCUGAGCUGGCCCACGUCUGGCAGAAAGCACCACGGCUUGUACCACAGCCAGCCGCUGAGAUGCCCUCAGAGAAGGAGGAGGUGGUGCUGGUCAACCCAGGAGUAGGAACUGCUGUCCAGGGACCGGCCACAGCAGCCUCCCUCGGACCCUCACGGCCCCCAUCGUCUUCCACCCCGCCCCUCCAGCCCCAGCAUCAUGUGGACGUCCGCAUGAUAGACUUUGCCCACAGCACCUUCAAAGGUUUCCGUGACGACCAGACGGUGCACGACGGGCCGGACCGAGGCUACGUGUUUGGAUUGGAGAGCCUCAUCAAGAUCCUGGAGGGCAUAAGGGAGGAGAACCUGUAGCGGUAGCACCUGGGACUGACACAUAGGAUGUGUCUCAAAUGGUAUCCCCCAUUCCCUUUAUAGUGCACUACUUUAGACCAGGGCCCACAGGUCUCUUUGGCCAGGACCCACAGGGCUCUUUGACCAGGGCCCACAGGGCUCUUUGACCAGGGCCCACUUGGCUCUUUGA